AUGUCUAGCGAGUACCAUACGGCCAGUGAAAGUGGUGGAACAAGUCAUCAAUAUCGUGAGCUUUCGAGCGAGGAACCCAGCCAAGACACGAGUGCGAACCCUAGCAGGCCUUCGAGUGCUGGAGGAACAGGAACCCCUUCAUAUUCACACAAAAAAAGCAGAGUACGGUUUAACAGCCACAGUGAGGCCAAUGAUACGCAAAAUCAGAAAUCGAUAUUUCCACUACAAAGAGGUUCCAUCCCACAACUUUCGGAACCACUUCCGCCAACUGCACCCGAGAGAAUAAAACAAGGUCAAUCUCAUUCCAGAAACAGCAGUACAGCCAGCCUGCUGAGAAGGACCCCCGAAACCGAGAAGGAAAACCCGUUUGAAGAUCCCCCAUCUGGGAGCUCAGUAUUUAGACCACGACCGUCGUUGGUGAGGAACAAUUCUUCCAGCUUUGGCGAGAAUUUUGAGGAUGUUAGCGAGUUCAAUGAGAAGACCUUCUCCGCCUUGGCAGCUCAGGAAAGAGCUCAGAGGGUAGCAUCUCUAGUUGGAAGCCAUUCAGCACCGGCUUCUAGGAGGACAAGCUUGGAAGAGGGGACCGAGGAUGAGCGACCUCGACGCAGUAGGACUGGUGUCUAUCCCGUCAGGAUCGAUGAUAUUCCGCUGGCGGAUAUGGAUAGUCGCCGGACAUACGAUGGAGCGGGACUUGACAGUGACGAUGAAAGCUUAGAAACACACCAGGAAAGAAGCAAGGGUUCCAGCAGCACCGAGGCUCACAAAUUGGUGCGAGCUCACACAAGGAAAAUCAAUGGAGAAUCCUGGAAGACGCCAACACAGCCAACUCCAGGCCUUGUCUCUGGUCAAGUGACGCCAACUGACGAGCAGCAUGAGGAUGACUACGUACCAAGGCCCACGCAAUACAGAGGUGGAGUACUUUCUUCGCUUCUCAAGCUUUACAACGCUCCUCAAUCUGCUCAUUCAAGGAGAGGUAGUGAUGCAUCCCCUGGUACAGGUAGUCCAUCUCAGACUGGGACUGGCUCAUCGGGAAUGAACACGCCACGAACGAAGCACACAAAGUGGUAUAACCACAAGAAUCAAUCGCAGGACACGCUCGCUGGACUUAUAGAGGCUUCUGCAAUUCUAGGUGCCCAGGGAGGAGCAAUGACUCCGAAGAAGAGUCGUCCUGGGAAGGGCAAGCGAUCACACAGCGGAAGGCUCCUCGACAGUGCCAAGAGAACCGUGGGCUCCAAACCAAGGCUUGAGGAUGAGAUAAGAAUUACUGUGCACAUUGCAGAGACUCUCAGCAGGCAGCGCUAUCUCUUGAAGCUGUGCCGGGCGUUGAUGAGUUACGGUGCGCCAACACAUCGUCUAGAAGAGUACAUGAAGAUGAGUGCACGAGUGCUUGAAAUCGAUGGUCAAUUUCUCUACAUUCCCGGAUGCAUGAUAAUCUCAUUUGAUGAUGUGUCAACUCAUACAACAGAAGUCAAGCUCGUCAAGGCACCCCAAGGAGUAGAUCUAGGCAAGCUGAAGGAUAUCCAUGAGAUAUACAAGGAAGUCGUCCACGAUGUCAUCGGUGUUGAGGAAGCUACACAACGGCUCGACAUCAUUAUCACCAACAAGCCAAAGAACCACCCAUGGUUCCUCGUUUUCGUAUAUGGUUGUGCAAGUGCUUCUGUUGGUCCAUUUGCCUUCCAAGCACGGCCGAUUGACAUGCCGAUUGCAUUCUUGCUUGGGUCUAUCCUCGGCUUUUUGCAAUUGAUCGUGGCUCCAAGAAGCGAGCUCUACAGCAACGUCUUCGAAAUAUCAGCUGCAGUCCUUACCUCGUUCUUGGCUCGUGCCUUUGGUUCGAUCAGGGGUGGAGACCUCUUCUGCUUCUCAGCACUUGCACAAUCCUCAAUCGCGCUCAUUCUUCCUGGAUAUAUGGUGCUUUGUGGAUCUCUAGAGUUACAAUCACGUUCUAUGGUUGCGGGCUCUGUGCGAAUGGUCUAUGCCAUUAUCUAUUCCCUUUUCUUGGGAUUCGGUAUCACCAUUGGCACCGCAUUCUAUGGUCUCUUAGCCGCCAAUGCCAGCAGCCAAACGACAUGCACGAAUCAGCUUGGUGACUUCUAUAAGUGGCCGUUUGUUGUAUUGUUCACUCUAUGUUUGUGCAUCAUCAACCAAGCAAAGUGGAAACAAAUGCCAGUUAUGUUGACAAUUGCGUUCGCCGGAUAUGUGGUCAAUUUCUUCAGCGCAAAGAAAUUCCCCUCGUCGGCUCAAAUAUCCAAUACCUUCGGUGCCCUCGCUGUCGGCGUGCUCGGUAAUCUAUACUCCCGGUUGAGACACGGAGUUGCAGCUGCUGCUCUUCUGCCUGCUAUUUUUGUACAGGUUCCUUCUGGCCUCGCUGCAUCUGGUUCUCUUCUGGCUGGCCUCAGUACCGCGGAUCAAAUCACUAACACUACUACUUACACAAACGGCACAGCAAAAAUAAGUGGUAACAUUACUAGUACUGUAUCCGUGGCAUCAGGAGAUCUCAACACCAUAGUAUUCAACGUGGGAUAUUCUAUGAUUCAGGUCGCAAUCGGAAUCACAGUUGGACUAUUCCUCAGUGCUUUAAUUGUAUACCCACUAGGAAAGAGACGCAGUGGAUUGUUUAGUUUCUAG